AUGCGCGACGGAGCGGUCGCAGCGAUUGACGUGCGCGACCUGACGAAGGUCUUCGGCGGCGGCUCCGACCAGGUGCGCGCGCUCGACCGGGUCUCGCUGACGAUCGCACCGAACGAGUUCUUUACGCUGCUGGGCCCCUCGGGCUGCGGCAAGACCACGCUGCUCCGGCUCAUCGCCGGGUUCGAGCAGCCGAGUGAGGGCCAGAUCUUUCUGGACGGCGACGACAUCGCCGCUCGGCCGCCCUUCAAGCGACCGGUCAACACCGUGUUCCAGUCCUACGCGCUCUUUCCCCACAUGACCGUGGCGCAGAACGUCGCCUUCGGCCUGGAGAUGCAAGGCUGGGAGCGCGCGCGCAUCGCCCGCCGCGUGACGGAGAUGCUCGCGUUGGUCCAGAUGGAGAGCCUCGGCGACCGCCGGCCCGGCCAGCUGUCGGGCGGUCAGCAGCAGCGCGUCGCUCUGGCGCGCGCCUUGGCCAACGCUCCCCGCGUGCUGCUGCUCGACGAGCCCCUCUCGGCCUUGGACUUCAAGCUGCGCAAGGAGAUGCAGGUCGAGCUGAAGCGCCUGCAGCGCGAAACCGGGAUCACCUUCGUCUUCGUCACCCACGAUCAGGAAGAGGCGCUGACCAUGUCGGACCGCAUCGCGGUGAUGUCCGACGGCAGAGUGCAGCAGGCGGGUGGGCCGGACGAGAUCUACGAGCGGCCGAUCAACCGCUUCGUCGCAGACUUUAUCGGCGAGACCAACUUCCUGCCGGCCCAGGUCGCGCUGCGCGGCGCAAGCUACCGGGUGCCGGGCGGCGCGCUGCUGUCGGGCCGCGACCCCCACGAUCACGCCGAGGGGGCCGAGGUGACACUGGCGGUGAGGCCGGAGCGCGUCGACCUGUUGGCCGACGGGGGCGCGCCGGGGGAUGCUGGCUCGGGCGACGGCAGCGGUUUGAUGGGCCGUGUGACCCAGGUCGUCUACUUCGGCACCGACACCCUCUAUGUCCUGGAGCUCGAUGGGGUCCCUGGCGGUGCAGGUGCUGGUCGACUGAUGGCCGUACCGCCCAGCUCCUCUCCGUCCUCUCCCGCCGGGUCCUCCGCGGGAUCUCUUCCCCAGCCCUCUUUCUCUCCGUUGGCCGCGGUCGCGAACCUGCUGCGCCGAAGCCGGCGGGCGCGCCUGAUCGCGCUGAUCGCGCCGGCCUUGCUGAUCAUCGGCAUCUUCAUGCUGCUGCCGAUCGGGCUGAUGGCCUACGUCUCGCUGCUCGAGCGCGGCGUCAACGGCGGCGUGCAGUGGGGCGUGCACACGUUCGACGCCUACGUCGCUUUUCUGUUCGAGGAGAACCUGCUGGGCGAUCUGGCGAUCAAUCCCGAUUACCUGCAGAUCUUCGCCCGCUCCUUUACCCUCUCCUUCGUCACCACCGCGGCCUGCCUGGCGAUCGGCUUUCCCGCCGCCUUCUACAUGGCGCUGCAGCCCGCCAAGUAUCGCAACCUGCUGAUCUUCCUGGUGACCAUCCCCUUCUGGACGAACCUCUUGGUGCGCAACUACGCCUGGAUCCUGCUGCUGCGCAGCAACGGUCUGGUCAACGAGAGCCUGAUGGACCUGGGCCUGAUCGACGCGCCCAUCACGCUGCUCUACACCAACUUCGCGAUCACGCUUGGGCUGGUCUAUUCCUUCCUGCCCUUCAUGGUGCUGCCGAUCUACGCCAGCCUGGAGAAGCUGGAUCUGCGGCUGGUCGAGGCGGCGUUCGACCUGGGUGCCAACAAGCGCCGCGCCUUUCAGCGGGUGAUCGUCCCCUUGGCCCUGCCCGGCAUCGCGGCGGGCUGCAUCCUGGUCUUCGUUCCCUCGCUGGGGGCCUUCAUCACGCCCGAGCUGCUCGGCGGCUCCAAGUCGAUGAUGAUCGGCAACCUGAUCCAGAGCCAGUUCGGCGCGGCGCGCAACUGGCCCCUGGGCGCGGCCCUGGCCUUCGCGCUGCUCUCCAUCGUGCUGCUGGCGAUGACGCUCUACCUGAUGCGCUUUCGCCGUCCGCCGGGAUUCCCCGGCAUCGCGCCGGGUGCGGCCUUCUUUUUCGCCUAUCUCUACCUGCCGAUCUUCGUGUUGAUCGUCUUUUCCUUCAAUGAGAACCGCCAGGCGACGAUCUGGACCGGCUUCUCGCUGGACUGGUACGGCGUCGUGCUGCGCAACGACGACAUCCUGGCGGCGGCAGGCAACUCCCUGAUCGUGGCGACGACGGCGACCCUGAUCGCCACCUCGGUCGGGCUGCUGGCCGCUCUGGCCAUGGCGCGUCACCGCUUUCGCGGCGAGGACGGCGUCACUGCGGUGAUCGCCUUUCCCCUGAUCAUUCCGGAGAUCGUGACGGCGGUCGCGACGCUGCUGUUCUUCGUGGCUCUGGGGAUACAGCUCGGCCUGACGACGGUGAUCAUCGCCCACACCGUCUUCUGCAUUCCCUUCGCCUACCUGCCGAUCCGCGCACGCCUGCAGGGCCUGGACCCCGGAUUGCCGGAGGCGGCCGCCGAUCUCUAUGCCAACGAGAUCCAGGCCUUCCGGCGGGUCACCCUGCCGUUGCUCUGGCCGGGCAUCCUCUCGGGCGCCAUGCUGUCCUUCAUCAUCUCCCUCGAUACCUUCACCAUCACCUACUUCGUGGCAGGGCCCGGCGCGACCACGCUGCCGGUCUACAUCUUCGGCAUGAUCCGGAUCGGCAUCACGCCGGAGGUGAAUGCCAUCUCCGCGCUGAUGCUGGUGGUCUCCAUCGUCUUCGUCACGCUCUCCUUCCUGGUCGGAAGGGAGUGCGAAAGACCCAUGAAACGACACCUGAUCGCAGCCGCCUCGGCGGUCGCCUUGCUUGCCGGCGCCACCGCCGCCAAGGCCGAGGGCGAGCUGUUCCUCUACAACUGGUCCAACUACUUUCCGCCCGAGCUGCUGACCAAGUUCGAGGAGGAGACGGGCAUCGCCGUCACGCUCGAUGUCUACGACUCGAACGAGACCAUGUUGGCCAAGCUGCAGGCGGGGGCCGGCGGCUACGACGUCAUCGUGCCGUCCGGCUACAUGGUCGCCAUUCUGAUCGAGGAAGGUCUGGCUCAGCGGAUCGACACGCUCGAAAUGCCCAACGGCGCGAAAGUCGUGGCGCCGCACGACGCGCCCUUCUUCGAUCCCGAGCGGCUUUACUCCGCGCCCUACAUGUGGGGCACCACCGGCGUGACUUACGAUUCGGCGCGGAUCGAGGGCGAACUGGAGGAAAGCUGGAAGGAGGUUUUCGAGCCCCGUCCGGAACUGCAGGGCCAGAUCGCCAUGCUGAACGACGAGGUCGAGGUCUACAACGCCGCCGCCUACUACCUGGGCUUCAACAAGUGCACGGAGUCGCCCGAGGAGGCACAGGCGAUCCUGGAUCUGCUGGAGGCGCAGAAGCCGCAUGUGCAGAUGUAUCAGUCCGAUGGCACCAUCGACCGUAUGAUCUCGGGCGAGGUGAUCAUGCACCAUCAGUGGAACGGUGCAUCCCACCGGACCUCCUCCGAGCUUUCGUCCGCCGUCUAUAUCUAUCCGAAGGAAGGCAUCACCUUCUGGACCGACAACUUCAUGAUCCCGACGGAUGCGCCCAACGCCGAGAACGCGAAGACCUUCGUCAACUGGAUGCUGGCGCCGGAGAACGCGGCCGUGGCCUCCAACUUCACCGGCUACAUGAACGCCAUCGAGGGAUCGUCCGACUAUCUCGACGAUGCGCUCAAGGCCAAUCCGGCCGUCAACAUGCCGGCGGAGUUCGCGGACAGGCUGCGUCCGAGUAUCGAUUGUGGCGUCCGGACGUCCGUGGCGACGUCCGGACGCCGUCUUCCGUUUGCCCCAGCUUCUUCAGCACCAGCUUUCGUUUCCCAAGGGGAAUGCCGAGUGAGCGAAGACGUACCGGACAAGCUGACGAUCGCACUCUGGGCGGUGAAUCUCGCCAGGCCCUUGAACGGCAUCGACGCCUGGGCAGCGGCGGUCGAGGCACAGAUGACGCGCGCCAAGGCCGAGGGGGCCGAGCUGCUGCUGCUGCCCGAAUACAUGUCGGAGCAGUGGCUCUCCUUCGCGCCCGAGGGGAUCGGGCCGGCCGAGGAGAUUCCCUGGAUGGCCGCGCAGGCCGAGGCGGCGCUGGCGGCCAUCGCGCCGCUGCCGGCCAGGCACGGCGUGGCCUUGCUGGCGGGAACCCUGCCGGUGGCGCUGGACCCUGCCCCCGACGCGGGCUCGCCCUAUGCCAACCGGGCGCACCUCCUGCUGCCCGACGGGCGGGUGAUCCGGCAGGACAAGCUCUGUCUCACGCCGGGCGAGAAGGAUCCCGAGGCCUGGAACCUCCGCCCCGGCGAGCGCCUGCAGGUCGUCACCUGGAAGGGCCUGAAGCUGGCGACGCUGAUCUGUCUCGACAUCGAGCUGCCGGCCCUGGCCGCGCUGCUCGCGCCGGAGCGUCCCGAUCUGAUCCUGGUUCCCUCGAUGACGGCGAAGCUCUCCGGCUAUGCGCGCGUCUUCGGCUGUGCCAAGGCGCGGGCCGUGGAACUGCAGGCCGCCGUGGCCGCCGUCGGCGUGAUCGGCGCGGCCUCGACCAACAAGCCCCGCGAGACCAACACCUCCGGCUGCAGCGUUUUUCUGCCCUGCGAGGAGAGCCUGGGAUUCGUCGGCCUGCACGACGAGAUUCCGGCAGCCGACUCCGCCGACGACGAGGGGCCGCUGCUGAUCGCGCGCGACAUCCCCUUCGGCGAAAUCCGACGCCUGCGCGCCGGGGCCGCCGAGGUCUGGCCCGGCGCCUGGAACGCCGCGCACCCAGCCGACCCCCCGAACCUGAACCGCCCCCAACCUGAAUCGCCCCAACCUGAAUCGAAAGAGACGAUGCUGACCAUCUACAGCGACGAUCACCGCUACCAGGACGGCAAGGCCGAGCUGAUCGACGGCCAGCUCCUGCCGCCCUUCGAGAUGCCGCGCCGCGCCGAGAUGGUGCUGGAACGGGUCCGUGCCGUCGGACUGGGCGACAUUCUGGAGCCCCAGGACUUUGGUCUGGGACCGCUGGAGGCGGUGCACGAUGCGCGCUACCUCUCGUUCCUGGCGGCGGCCUGGGGCGACUGGGUCAAGAGCGGCCGCGAGCACGACGCCCUGCCGCUCAACUGGCAGGUCCGCGGCAUGCGGGCGCGCGAGCCGGAAAGCAUCGACGGCAAGCUCAGCUACUUCUCCUUCGAUGCCGGCACGCCGAUCAUGUCCGGCACCUGGCGGGCCGCCCGUGCCUCGGCCAACGUGGCGCUGACCGGCGCGGCCCGGGUGAAGGAGGGCGCGCGCGGCGUCUUCGCGCUCUGCCGGCCGCCGGGCCACCACGCGGCGGGCGACUACUACGGCGGCUACUGCUUCCUGAACAACGCCGCCGUGGCGGCCCAGUGGCUGCGCGAUCAGGGGGCGGCCAAGGUCGCGAUCCUGGACGUGGACUAUCACCACGGCAACGGCACCCAGUCGAUCUUCUAUGAUCGGCCCGACGUCUUCUUCGCCUCGCUGCACGGUCACCCGAAGCAGGAGUUUCCCUUCUUCCUGGGCUACGAGGACGAAACCGGGGAGGGCGCGGGCGAGGGCACCAACGCCAACUUCCCGCUGGAGUGGGGCACCGGCUUCGAGCGCUGGUCGGGCGCCCUGGAGGAGGCCUGCCGGCGGAUCGGCGCCUUCGGCGCGGAGGCGCUGGUGAUUUCCCUCGGCGUGGAUACCUACAAGGACGACCCGAUCAGCCACUUCACGCUGGAAGGCGACGACUACCUGCAGAUCGGCCGGACCAUCGCCGGCCUCGGCCUGCCUACGCUCUUCGUCAUGGAGGGCGGCUACGCCGUCGAGCAGAUCGGCGUCAACGCCGUCAACGUCCUGACGGGGUUCGAGGAGGCGGCUUAG